UGGAACGCCAUUUUGUGAAGAACGUUGCGGUUGUGCAGUCAAAUUGUUAUUAAAAAAAUUUUGGUUUUUUUUACUAAACCUUUAUCUGCGUGGCAGAGGAAAGUUCGACGCCAUCGGAAGAAACAGUAAAGAUGUAUCAGCUUCCUGUAACCAACUUGGAAACAAUUAGAAAAUCCAGGAAAAAGGUGAAGAUGAUCUUGUCUGAUAUGGGCCUACAAUACUGUAAAGAAUUGCUGGAGGAAUUUAAAAGUUAUAAUCCAGGGGAUUACUAUGUGAAAAACACAUCAUGGACUGACUUUUCAAUAUGGCACCCAAGUAAAAAGUCAAAGGCCUAUCGAGCAAAACCAUAUUGCUGUACCCUUUGCGACUUCUCAACAAAAUUUAAUUCUGCUUACAAGAUUCACAUGCGAUGUUACCAUGAGGAUGAAAUGGAUAUGGAAACAUUGGUCAGCUGUCCUAACUGCACAUACAUCGCUCAUCCUAAACAUAUAAAGAAGCAUACCAAAAUAUUCCAUAUUGAUACUCAGAAAGUGUCCAACUUUGCUAACCAUGGCAACACAGAUCAAGGGAGACAGAUACAACCCAAAGUUUAUCAAGGCAAAAUGUCGAAUCUAGUCCAGCCAGUUUAUUUUUGCAAAAUAUGUUCUUAUAAAGAUGUAUCCUUGUAUGCCAUUAAGAAACAUGUCCUUUUAUCCCAUUUUGGCAGUUUAGUAAAUACCUAUAUUGGUCAGGUAGAGGACCAGGUAGAGCUUUCAGUAUACAAGUAUUUUUGUAAAGGAUGCCAAAUGAAAAUGGUCACCUAUGAUGCCUUACUGUAUCAUGUUCUGGACAAACAUAAGGAAGUAGAAGGUCCAGUGAAAGCCACAAUUGGACAUAUAACAGAGCUAAGACCCAGGCCAAUCAUUGCUCCUAAACCUGAAAUAAGCAAGACUUCUCUGCCAGUGCCUCUCAAUAUCAAUUCAGUAGUGUCAUCAUGUAGUAUCAAACUAGCUGGACAAAUGCUUUCUUGUGUGAAGACUGCUGUUUCUGCACCCAACAUUAGACCAAUUGGUCCUGUGCCCUCAUGUGUGACAACCGCUGUUUCAGCAACAAAUUUUAAACCAGCUCUUCCAGUAAUUUCCAAUGUGCGGUCACCUAUAACAGCACCUGUACAACAGCCGCUUAAUGUAUUAGCACUUCCACAGAAUUUUAGUCCAGUGACUUUGGGAUCAUUGAGACCAGCAAUGAAUGCUUUUCCUUUACAAAGCAAUCUGAUACCUGUUACAGUAGCUACAGCUGGUCCUGGAGGAGCUCAAAAGCUAGGCCAGGUCAGCCUUGUGCCCGCUACUUUUCAAGUGGCCCAGAAUAAUCUUGCGAUCAGGGCAGUGGGUUCAGUCCUUCCUCGGGCAUUUUUAAUGCCACAAGGAUUGUCUAUAGAUCAGACAGUAAGACCCAGUGUUCCAACUAGUUCACAGGCAGCUAAGCAUUUAAUUCAGAACAACAAACAUAUUAACGGCAUUCCUGCAUACACAUUAACUCCAGUUCAAUUUUCUUUGCCUGUUGCUUCAAGUGCCAUAGCAAACAGCAAACCUGGGGUGCUUUCUACAACACAAGCACCACUUAAUAUGACCCACACAAAUAUAUCUCAGCAACCACUAAAAGAGCCCUCUAUAAUAACUGUUGCAACAGUGGAUCAGAAACCAGCUCCAUCAGUACCUGCAAUUACUUUAAAUUUGGCACCACCGAGUACCAAAGCUCAACAGUGGAAGAGUUGCUCCACAUGUAAUGCAUUGCUGCCACUGAGUGCUUAUGAUAAUCAUGUUGCAACUGCGCACAAACUUGAAGAGCCCAGUGAGAAACCUGAAGAACCUUGUGACAAACCUGAGAAGAUUGUAGCAUGUGCUUCUUACCUGCAGAGAGUAUAUGCUCAAAAAUGUAAAUGUCUUCUCUGUAGACGCCAUGUUUAUAAAAAUGUACUGAUUUCCCAUUUGCUGAUGCAUGGCCUAACUUGUUUGUUCUGCUCCUUGUCAUUCCAUGACCUGUCACAGUUUUCAGAACAUGUGAAGGCCUCACAUGCUGGACUGAGGUUUGAAUGUGCUGAAAAUGUUGAAGACGGAGUUUCAACUACCAACCAAGUAAAUAGUGACAACUUUAGCUUAACUGUUAAGUUGCCAGAAGAUAAAAUGGGACCUAAUGAUAUUCACUUGACAGUUAUUCCAAGCAAAAUGUCUUCUCCUUAUGCACCAUUGGUAAUUGAGGUAUGCAGACAAAAGAGGGAGGAAAAUGAAAUCAUCAUAAAAGAGUCACGAAGCUCACAGUGUCCUAUUUGUUGGAAACAAAUUUUCAAUUUAAAAUAUGAAAAGCAUUUGCAAGAAAGGCACCAUGUAACAUCUAUGGUUCAUCCACUGCUGAAAAAACCAUCGUUUAAGUGUAUUCACUGUUUCGGUGUGUACACAUGUGGCAUGGGACAUUCAACAAUCUCUCUUCAUCUCAUGUGUUGCAGAGGCCUUAAUACACAGCAAAGUAAUGUUUUGCCAAACCACAUGCAGUCAAAGCGUGCAUUUUCAGAAAGUGGCAAGAAAUCAGUAAGUGAACUGGUGGCAAAUGGUGACGGAAAAACUUUGGCAUUGCCAUCUCCAAAACGAUUAAAGACUGAUUUAGUAACAACUGAUUGCAGAGUUUCACGUGAAACACUGAAUGACAUAGCAAACACUUCUCACUCCUUACCUUCACCAGAUCCAUCGACAGUCUUGGCACUUGUUCCAAAAGGAUUGGAGAAUCGUUCCUAUGAAGAAAGAAAGCGGUUUCUUCUUGACUACUUUCACAAGCAACCUUAUCCUACCAAUAAAGAAAUUGAGACGUUAUCUUCAAUCUUGUGGUUGCGCAAGAAUGAUGUUGCGUUCAUCUUUGGCAUGAAACAAAAGUUGUGCUUGAAAGCAAUGAAGUACAAACCAGUUGUACUUUUGGGAUUCAACAUGUCAGAAAUGAAGAAAGUAAAGCACAGUUUAACGCUGGGUCAGAUUUGAUCUGAGGAAUAACACUGGUUUGUACAAAAACAAUGUUGAAUCAAAGUGUCCACUUUGGUCAUGUGCUACAAAUACAGGGAGCCAUCCAUCCUCAAAGGAAGGAAAAAGAGUUAAUGUCCUAUUCAUUUUACUUUAGGGGGUGCCUUCCUUUUGGUUAGAAGUUUAAGGUCAAAAUGGAUCCAAGUGGAAGUUUUUAACUUGAAUCCUGCUUAAAGCCAAAAAUGUUGUAAUGUUUAUUUAAAGCAACUUUGUAUGGUUGUCCUGUGGUUUGAUUGGAAAUGUAAACUUUGAUAAAGACAGGAAGGGAUUUAUUGGUGUUAAGUACAGAUACAUGGCUUUGCUGUCAAUGUUACAGGAUUGAGUUAAUGUGUAACACUGGCUUUUGCUUGGCCCAAUUUAUCAACAUUUAUAUGCAAGGUUUUCAGAUUGAAGUGCUGUAAGUGGGAGGGUGAGAAGUCCAUUUAAUUUGGUCGGAAGUUGCUUCUAGCAUUGCCUUUGCCUCUUUGCAUAAACCCCAGAUUGCCCAUUUUUUAAUUCUAAUGGUCAUGAAGGCUUUAGAACUCAACAUCUUGCCUUGCUUUAUCUGCUUUUCACUAACAUGUUUUUACAAUUUAUUUCCACAAAUGAUUAAAUAGACAUUUCCCAUACUCCAGUAACACUGGACAACAUUUUUUCAAAAGUGUUGCUUCCUCGGAAUUUUUGUUUGUUUAUGAUAGACCACUUGAAGCUGAACACAUAUAAUUUUAGACUACUUGUGUUACAUAGGAAUUUGGAGAAACAGGAGAUAAACUUUUAUUGAAUGUAAUGCAUUUAAUUGCAUAAUAGUGCUGAUGCUUUGCAAUAGUUCAACUAAGCUAAAUAUGUUCGGUAAUGAUUUUCAUUUAUACUCAUUGUCUGAGGUUUUUCGCUUAAGUAUCCACAAUAACUAGCCAGCAUUGAUGGAAUCAAGUUGCCCAGAUACCAUUUCUCUAUAACCACAAUGUCCUAGUGAAAGCUUUCACCAUGGUUGUCACUGACAGUACCAAGAUUUUCAGGGAAGAAGUCUAAAUGGGAACGCAGGAAGUGAAUCUCUAGUGACAGGUUGCUCUUCAUGGUUUUGUAUCCUUAAAGUAUGUUGACAACCAGAUGCACGUAGUUUGGUGCUCUGUAGUUACCAACAAAACUUUCAACAACAGCUUUAAAUGCCUUCCAUGUGAUUUUCUCUGGACCCACUAGAAGUUCUUUGAAUUGCCUGUCAUUAAUGACCUGUUUGAUUUGUGGGCCAACAAACAUGCCUUCUUUACACUUGACAUUAGUUAUUCCAGCAAACAUCUGUCUCAAAUAUCAAAGUCCUUCAUGGAAAUUUGUAGCCUUUCUAAAGUUUGCCCAGGCAUGCCUGGACAAGAUAGAAAACUUCUCAGCUUACAUUGUGGCAACAUUUUAAUUGACUUGAAUCAUGAAUUUAAAUAACAAACGUAGGCAAUUUUCUAAAAAAAAAUAUGGUGUGUGAUAAGGGAAAUUUCUUGUUUAUUUUCAUGGUCAGCAGCCCAAAAUCCAUAAAGAUUCAUCCAAAAGUAUAUUCAGGAAGCAAAAUCUUUGUUGUCUAGUGUAAUUAAUCAUAAUUUGUUCCUUUCAUGUUGAUUUGCAAUCAGAUGUAUUUUCAUAAACCAUGGAGACUAAAUAAUUCAAUACGAACUGUACAUGGUAGGUAGUCGUCAGUAGUUUAUAAUUUUAGAUGUGCUGUAAUUGCACAUGAGCAAUUUUUCACUUAAGUUCCAGAAUAGUAUAUUUAAAAAGCCUGUUACAUGACUAAAGUUUUUUCAUUGAAUUUGUACUGUAAAGUAUUAGCUAUUUUCUCCCUUCACUUGUCACUUCUGUGACAUAGAACACUAAUACUAUUAAAUAGCCAUUGAAUGCUGUCUGGUCAGAAGACUGCACAGCUUGGAACAGUUUAAAAUUUCUAGGUAGCUUAUAUUUAAUGUUCAAGUAUGGUUUUGCAUUUAGAUUGUAUGCCUAAAUCUAAAUCCAAUUUUUAGUGCUAUUGGAAAUAGCAGCAUUUAUUAGUAUUUUGCUGGUGUGUUUUGGUUUGAACUGAACAUCAUUACUGAUCAGUUUUUAAAAAAAUGUUUUUGAGUUGACAUUUGCUACAAUAAGCUGAUUUAAUUGUUGGGAAAGCACCACUGAAGAGGAUGGAAAAAAUUAACAAAUAACCCAUUACUAUUGUAAGACAACUCUCCUCCCCCCCCCCCCCCCGCAUAUCACCUGAUGUCCUGAUGUAAAUGUGGGUGCCAAGGUAGAGUAUUACAGCUUGGAGCAUCGGAGUUUAAUCCUGGCGUCCUUCUGUAAGGAGUUUGUACAUCCUCCCCAUGGAGUGCAUGGGUUUUCACUGGGUGCUCCAAUUACCACCCACACUCCAAAGACAUACCCAUUAAUAGGCUAAUUUGGCAUUGUAAAUUGUCCUGUGAUUUAGUGCAGAGUUAAAUCGGGGGUUGCUGGGCAGCGUGGCUCGAAGCGCCGGAAGUGCCUGUUUUCCAUAGAGAUUUCAAUUGUUUCAGGGAAAUCAUAAAAGAGCCACCUGAGUAUGGAAUAAUGCAUAAUUACCGUAUUAUGCAACUGAUAAAUAUAAGUAAAGGUAUGUAUUAAAACCUGAAAAUAUGCUAUCAGUAGUUCUUUUUGAAAAUGUUUAGAAUUGAGAAUAUGACCACAAUCAUGUUUGAUUACUUGAAUCAAGAUACAUGAUACAGACAAGAAUUUAAAAUGGUUAAGGACAAUCUAUUGCUUUUCAUUUACUUCUACUGCUAACUCUUGAAUUGUCAUGUUCCAGCUGGUGUGUAACCACCUCUCCUUUUGUUCUAUUAGCCUAAGGACCAAAUGUCACCGCAAUUAAAAUGGCAUCAUCCAAGAUGUGAAUUUUUGCCCAUUGUUUGCAAGUAAUAAAGGUGGGAGGAAUCAGUAGUAUAUACUACAAGUGGGCACCAGAGUUGUUCUAGGCCGAGUUACUGAAAGGAGGAAAAGGAAGUGAAUAAUGUGGCAAUAGAUGCAAAUUUUAAAAACUGCAGAUGCAGAAAAUCUGAAAUUUUUCUUCCCACAACUGACAAAAGCUGUGCAUUCUGAUGCUGCAAAAACUUAACAUAUCUAAUCAAUAUCAGUCCAGAAGUGAACCAGCAAAGGCUAGCUCGUGCACCCUAAUUUAGUUAUUCAUUUAUUUAGAGGUUAAGCACGGAAUAGGCCCUUAAAGCUACGUUAUCACAGGAUGAUUUGCAAUGACCUACCAACCUGUACGUCUUUGGACUGUGGAAGGAAACUGGAGCUCCCGGAGGAAUCCCAUGUUGUCACAGAGAGAACAUACAAGCUCCUUACAGGCAGUGGCAGGAAUUGAAUCCAGGUCACUGGUACUGAAAACAUGCUAACCACUAUGCUACCGUGUUUGCGACUCCUGUGUUGUGUUGACAAUUUGUGUGCAGUUUGUUAGUGAUGUAAUUAAUUGUAUAUAGUAAUGCAAAGUACUUUUUUUUAAAAAAAAGCAUUCUCAGUACUUGUGCAGUGAUUUAUUUUGAAAAUUGGCCCUUUUCGCCCAGGGUGGAAAUUCUUUUUAUGAAAUACAUUAUUAAGGUUUUAAUAACCUGAAGUGUUGAAGCUGUUUUUUUAAUAUUCAUUGUGAGUAGUUGAAAUAAAAAAAAAGAAAUACAUCUUUGCAGUUUUUUGGUAGCAUUUGCUCAGUAUUCCCAUUUUAUACAGGUAUGUAAC